CAGGCUGAGAGGUAUAAUUACUGUAACAGAGCAGAGAGGAAGAGUAGAGUGACCCUGCACACUGUUCGUUCAGUUCAGGACCACCGGGCCAGCACCAGGAGGACUGGCAGCAUCAGAACAAGCCUCAGAGCGCAUCAGACCUGCAGCGACUUCACGUCAGAGUUUCUAGUUUCCGCCCUGAAGUCUCUUGAAUUUCAGAAGAUUUCGUCUGAAGAAUCUCAAACCUGUUUCAAAUAAAAACUCUACUGUGUCUUACUCUGCAUCAGACCGCCAACCAUUAUGUGCUCUCUUUCUGCCGUGGUCUUUUCCAUCUCGGCAUGGCUUCUCAUCGAUGCCUCUCCGACCAUCUCUCCGGCACCACGGCUGCAGGACUCGGCGCUAUCCUCUGACUGUCCUUCGUGCUCUUUGGCUCAGCUGAGGAGGAACUCGUCUUCGUCCGGAGCUCAGAGCGACAUGGUGGAGGCAGUGAAGCGUCACAUUCUCAACAUGCUGCACCUGAGCGCCCGGCCCAACCUGACACAGCCAGUUCCUCGUGCCGCUCUGCUCAACGCCAUCAAGAAACUUCACGUGGCCCAUGUGGCUGAAGACGGCAGUGUGGAGAUCCAGGAGGGCCAGGGCACGGACAGUUCAGCACCACCCGAACCGUCAUCUGAAAUAAUCACCUUUGGAGAGCCAGGCAAUGGGCCAAACACGGUGACCUUUGACAUUUCAAGGGAGGACAGUGGCUCGUCUGUGGUGGAGCAGGCAAACGUUUGGAUCUUCCUGAAAAUGUCAAAGAUGAACCGCCUGAGAAGCAAAGUGAUGCUGCGGCUUUAUCGUGACGAUGAUGACGAGGACUGUGUUUCGGAAAAGAUGGUGGACACCCGUCGUAGUGGCUGGCACACCCUUGCCAUUCCUCGCACUGUUCAGAAUCUACUGGAUGCCGGCAGGAGUCCUCUUAGGUUACGGGUUUCCUGUCCUCUAUGUCUCGAGGCAGGUGCCGCUCCCGUCCUGACACCUGCAAACGGUGAACUGGCCACGGGACGAGAUCAGUCACACCGGCCAUUCCUCAUGGUGGCGCUUCAAGCUCGAGAGGAGGUGGCUAAGCGACGAGCUAAACGAGCUCUGCAGUGCGAUGGAAAAAUCCGCAUCUGCUGCAAACGAGAGUUUUACGUGAACUUUAAAGACAUCGGCUGGAGCGACUGGAUCAUCGCUCCGGCUGGUUACCACGCCAACUACUGUGAAGGCGACUGUCCAAACCACAUGGCAAGCAUUGGAAGCUCACCACUGUCUUUCCAUUCAACGGUCAUCAACCAUUAUCGCAUGAGAGGCUACAGCCCAUUUCAAAACAUCAAGUCUUGCUGCGUGCCAACGAGGCUGCGAGCAAUGUCAAUGCUCUACUACAACGAAGAGCAGAAGAUCAUCAAGAAGGACAUCCAGAAUAUGAUCGUGGAGGAGUGCGGCUGCUCGUGAACAGCUGGCUUUUGCUCCGCUGGGAGCAAACCUCUGAGAACCUCUGAGAAAUAUUCUGUCAAACCUGCAACCUGCAGGAAGAAACAUCUGAUGCACUCUUUCCCAGGAAAGACAAUCUCCUGUGUUCAGUGAAUCUUUGUGUUUCAUACUAGGAGAGACUUUUCCACAUUGGAAUGUGCUGAGGAUACUAUGCAACGUGGAUGUCUCUGUGUGCUUCAUCAGUGUUGGUUUUCUGCUGCUCAGAGAACGUUUCCACAAUAUUAGCAUGUUCCAGUGAAGCUGAAAGUAGUUAAUCUGGUUGCUGAAGCCAAACUUUAUUUUCGUUAUUGUUAUGAAACACACUGAAUAUAGAUAUUUGCACAGUAAUAGGUAUUUCUAGAUGCAUUGCCUCAGUUUGAGUUGAGAGGAUUCAGAUGAAAGCCAAAGACAAACGUUUGGUUCAUUUUCCUGAGAGACAAACGGCUGAAAUCCACCUGUGUCAGAUUAAACCUUUAAUCUGCUGAAACAAAAACAAACUGAAGACAUUUCUCUUCACAUCAAUCUUUAAUUGUAAAAUGUGUUGUUUCUGUAAUUUAUUUCCAUUGAUUGUUUUCUCAUUAAACGGACUACCAAUCCACA